GUCUGACAGGGAAAAAAAAGUGUUGCGACAGAUGAUGACCGUUGACCAGUGCGUUGAUUUCCAGCACUGUAACUCUCCUGAAUUAUUUUGUUUGGUAAAAUGAGCACCAUUGUCCUCAUUAAAAGGCUCGACUGACGUACCUGUAGGAAGGCGUUAUUGUUGUUUGCAGUAGUUUUCCUCAUCAGGUGUGAUGGCGGAGCGAGGAGCUCAUUUAACCACAGCUGCCCCGGCUGAAGAUCGACCCUCAGUGUUUGAGGUUUUAGCGCAGGACUCUUUAAUGACCGCUGUCAAACCCGCUUUACUGCAUGCUGUCAAGAUUCUCGCUACAUCUAACCCUGCCCGCUAUGGAGUUCUCUGGAGGAGGUUUGAUGAGAUUUACGUAAUCCUGGAUAUGUUAUUGCAGCAUCACUUCCUGUCCCGCACCAGCGCCUCAUUUUCAGAGAACUUCUAUGGCCUGAAGCGUGUGGGAUCACAUAGUGCCCGUGCUGCCCAUUUGGGACUGCGGCGGAGGCAACACUGGCGCUCUUUACUCCUGCUGGCCCUCAUUCCAUACCUGCACACCAAACUGGAGAAAAUCCUGGCGCGACAGAGAGACGAGGACGAUUUCUCCAUCCGCUUGCCGCAGUCCUUCCUGCAGAAGAUGUACAGGGCGUUUUUGGCUGCGUAUCCUUUCGUGUGCAUGGCGUGGGACGGCUGGGUCUUCUGCCAACAGCUUUUGUACGUUUUCGGCAAAACACGGACACAUUCUCCACUUCUGUGGCUUGCCGGGGUUAAACUGUCAUAUCUCACGGCUAAUGACAUACACAGUCUGGAUCUCAAGCCUUCAGGCCCAGAAUUGAGCUCCGGUCAAAGCUUUGGAGAGAAAUUACAGCGAGUGGUCUCGACGGCGGUCGGUGGUGUGGCGGUGUCUCUGUCCACCAGCUUGUCGAUUGGCGUGUUUUUCCUGCAGUUCCUGGAAUGGUGGUAUUCGUCGGAAAACCAGAGCACCGUGAAGUCCUUGACCUCCCUCCCGACACCUCCUCCCCCCCUCCACCUUCACAGCCAGGAGACGUCUCACACACACAUCAAAGUGUGUCCGAUCUGCAGGAAAGUGCGCACCAAUGACACCGCGCUGGCCACGUCCGGCUACGUGUUCUGUUACAGGUGUAUAUACGUGUACGUGAAAGCCAACCACAGGUGUCCCCUCACCGGCUACCCUUCAGAACUGCAGCACCUCAUUAAAAUAUACACCCCUGACGGAUAGACUGGUCAUAUUUCAAGAUGCCCUUAUGUGAAUGCCCGAAUUUAUAUAAAUAUUGCAAAGUGUUCAGAUAACUGCUAUUUCAAAUGUGACCAAAAUCUAAAUCUGUAAUGUGGUUUGAAUAGACUACUAAUUUAUAAAUAGUAAUAAAUUUGUACAGAAAUCAA